AGAUUCUAGUUUGAGCAUUCUAAUUUCAAAAGUAAAUACAUUGUCACUUUGACUUUGAAUGAGCAAGACGCAUCCACGGAAAGCCUUUUCUCCCAGCAAUUACUGGAUUUCUGGAAUAAUUACCUCAUCUCAGUUUGAAAACCUUCAUAUUCACGUUUGCUUGGUAGUUUUGUGUAACAGAAAACAUCUGCUGAGGCACAAAUACUGAUCCAAAAAAGUUCCUGACAAUGGAGCCUGGCUGUUUUGGGAAGGUUGGGAAGGUUGUUCGUGAAGCCUUUUCCAGCCUCCUGGAGAGGACCCGACAGCGCAGAGGCGCAGAGCAUCGCUGCAACAGCAUCCCUUCCAUGCAGGCCACCCCGAGCCUUACACACGGUAGAGGAGGGCUGGGUGCAGUGGAGGUAGGACUCGGAAUCUCCUCCCAGAGCUGCCCCAGAAGAAGAGCCCGACUUCGGGCCUCCGGCUGGAGGACGAGUGGGGAGGAGACCAAAACCGAGCUUGAAAAAAAGCUCCGCGACACUAUUUUGGAUCUCCAAGAGAAACGACGGGCCCAAAGGACAUGCUGGCUGAGACGUCCGGAACCGCUCCCCAAGGCAUCUAACAAACCGGAGGAGCAUGUCUUCGCGAGCGACCCCGUGACUGCUGAAGUCCCACAGGAGACAAUAGAGGCAGCAUCAGAUACGCAUGAUGCGACUGGCGUCGAUAAUACCAAUGUCCCAAGUUGCUGUCCCCUCAGGGGAAAGAAGGCCUACUCGAAGAUGUGGGAGGACACUGUGCUCCUGGGCCUUGGCCUUGGCCUGACCAUCACAAGUACCGCGCAGAGCUUUGGUAGCCUGCGCCAGCCAGGCAACCUGGGAAUGCUAGUAGUCCCCAUCAACACGAGGAGACGUGUACCAGUGAUGGGAGUGAGGGCUUUGUACUGGAGAGCAAAGCAAAUGGGAGUGCUGAUUGAAGGGAUGGAAGAGGGCGAUGGUACCUGUACAGGCAGGCCUAUUCCUUCUGGAUUUGAAGAUGCAGCCAGGGCAUAUUAGAAAUACACAGCCAUAGAUGGGAACGGCGGCAUACACCUUCGGGACUGGACAUGAUUUGUUGAUGAACUAUAUUACAUUGGACAAUGGGGUUCACAUAUGGGGAUAGAUGUGGACAUUCCUCAUGUUUGGCAACAGGAGCUUACACCUACACCACCUACUGCACUUUAUCACUGUGUAACCUAAAUUUAUUUAAAAAAUGGAUGGGAGUGGGGCACUUCUAUCAGGUUGGACCAUUUUGGAUUUAGGGGUUCUGACAUGGAUUAUGGUUUGAUUCUUAUUUGAUAUUCAUCAUUUUGAUUAGGCUAUUCACUUGACUAAUUACGCUUUAACAAACAUAUUAUUAUUAUUUACUAUUAUUUAUUUUGACAAAUAAAAAUAAAUGUAUUUUACAAUAAACACACAUUAU